AGUAAAGGUGACUACAAGAGGAGAAAAAAAUGAUAGCGUCAUCUACAGGUGGAUGACCACAUAACGGUUGUUGUUCUUUUACUCCACGUCUGUAGGUGGCACUAGUAAGCACAAUGCCAGGCAACAUCGAAACAUAACUCAUAGGAAAGCAAAGAAGCCCGGGUGAAGAAGGGUGAAACAAAUGAAGAGUUAGCUAGUGUUACAUCGCAAUAUUAAAACUCUUACUCCUACCAAGUUGACUUACAGUUAACUUUCAUGAACAGAAGAUGGAAGUAGGAUAUGUCUGUGAGUGGGAGAAGAGACCCAGGAGCAACCAUUGCCCUUCAAUCCCGCUUGUGUGUGCAUGGUCAUGCAGAAACCUCAUCGCGUUCACCACCGAUCUUAAAAAUGAAGAGGAUGAAAAAGAUCUUAGCCGUAUGAUUCAUAUUAUUGAUACGGAGCAUCCAUGGGACGUGUACUCGAUCAACUCGGGCCACACAGAGGUGAUCAGCUGCUUGGAAUGGGACCAGUCAGGGUCGCGGUUGUUGUCAGCGGACGGCGACGGUCAGAUCAAGUGCUGGGCCAUGACGGAGCAUCUGGUGAACAGCUGGGAGAGCACGCACAGCAGCGCGGUGGACGGCGACCCCAUCGUGGCCCUGUCCUGGCUACACAACGGCGUCAAACUGGCCCUGCAUGUGGAGAAGUCGGGCUCCACUAACUUUGGGGAGAAGUUCUCGCGGGUGAAGUUCUCGCCGUCGUUGACGCUGUUCGGGGGGAAGCCGAUGGAGGGCUGGUUGGCCGUAACGGUCAGUGGCCUGGUGACCGUGUCUCUGCUCAAGCCCAACGGCGCGUUGCUAAGCGCCAGCGAGAGUCUGUGCCGCCUGCGGGGACGCGUGGCGCUCGCCGACAUCGCUUUCACGGGCGGAGGCAACAUCGUCGUCGCGGCGACGGAUGGGAGCAGCUCGUCGCCAGUGCAGUUCUACAAGGUGUGUGUGAGCGUGGUGAACGAGAAGUGUCGCAUCGACACUGAGCUGCUGCCCUCCCUCUUCAUGCGCUGCACCACUGACCCCGCGCGCAGAGACAAGUACCCGGCCGUCACGCACCUCAAGUUCCUCACGCGCGAGAACUCCGAACAGGUGCUGCUUUGUGCCUCUAGUCAGAUGGGCAGCAUAGUGGAGUGCUGGUCACUGCGGAAGGAAGGACUUCCUGUCAAUAACAUUUUCCACCAGCGCUCACCAGCCGUGGGCGAGAAGCAGCCCAUGAUCCUGAAGUGGCGAAUCCUCUCUGCCACCAACGACCUUGACCGCGUGUCUGCUGUCGCUCUUCCGAAGCUGCCCAUCUCCAUCUCCAACACCGACCUCAAAGUGGCGUCCGACACCAAGUUCUGCCCUGGCCUGGGCCUGGCUCUGGCAUUCCACGACGGCAGUAUUCAGGUUCUGCACCGGCUCUCUCUCCACACCAUGGGCGUGUACUACGGUUCUUCCUCCGGUUCCUCCCAGCGCGUGGGCGAGGAACCCGCUAUCAAGAGGCAGCGUGCCGGAGGCCCCACCAUCCACUUCAAGGCCCUGCAGUUCUCCUGGACCUCGCUGGCCCUGGUCGGAGUGGACAACCAUGGGAAGCUGCACAUGAUCCGUGUGUCACCGUCCAUGGGUCAGAUGCUGGACAUGAACACGCUGCUGCGCCACCUGCUGUUCCUGCUGGAGUACUGCAUGGUGACGGGCUACGAUUGGUGGGACGUGCUGCUCCACGUGCAGCCAGGGAUGGUGCACAACCUGGUGGAGCGUCUGCACGAGGAGUACAUGAGGCAGAACCAGGCCCUGCAGCAGGUUCUGUCCACGCGGAUCGUGGCGGUGAAGGCGUCGCUGUGUAAGUUGUCGUCGGCGACGGCGGCGCGUGCCUGUGACUUCCACGCCAAGCUCCUCCUCAUCGCUAUAAGCUCCACCCUCAAGUCGCUGCUGCGCCCGCACGUGCUCAGUACGCCCGACAAGAGUCCCGGUGACCGCCUGGCCGAGAUCUGCACCAAAAACACAGACACUGACAUCGAUAAGGUGAUGAUCAACCUGAAAACGGAGGAGUUCGUGCUGGACGGGCCGCCUCUGCAGUCUCUCCAGCAGCUCAUCCAGUGGGUCGGCGACUUCGUGCUUUACCUGAUGGCCAACCUGCCCAACCAGGGGUCAGUGGUGCGUCCGGGCUUCGGGUUCCUGCGUGACGGCGCGUCCCUGGGCAUGCUCAGAGAGAUGAUGGUGAUGAUCCGUAUCUGGGGCCUGCUGAAGCCGGGCUGCCUGCCCAUCUACACGGCCACCUCCGACAACCAGGACAGCAUGAGCCUCCUGUUCCGCCUGCUGACCAAGCUCUGGCUCUGCUCACGGGACGAGGGUCACCCCCAGGAGCCGGACGAGUCUUUGAUCGACGAGUGCUGCCUGCUGCCCAGUCAGCUGCUGGUGCCCAGUAUGGACUGGCUGCCCAUCAACGACGGCGUCAUCACCAAGAUGCAGAGCAAGCAGCCGCUGCGGCUACAGUUCGGCAAACCCUACACGCUGCCCAGCCUCACGUCCAACACACAGGUGGACAUCUUCUCCAGGAGCCCCGGGUCUCAGCGGAUGGAUAACCUGCGCUGUCUACACCUGGGGGUGUAUCCCACUGAGGACAGCAAGGCCUGCACCAGGUGUGGCUGUGUGACCAUGCUGCGCUCCCCCAAUAAGACCAACGCCAUGAAGCAGUGGGAGCAGCGCUGGAUAAAGAACUGCCUGUGUGGAGGCCUGUGGAGGAGGAUACCCCCUGUGCUCUCCUGACCGUCACACCUCAACAAGGGGGGGGGGGGGGGACUAUUACUCUCCUCACCGUCACACAGCACCCCUGGGGGGGCUAUAAAACAGACCUGUUUCUCUGUCUUAAGUGGCAGUAGAUUCAUCACCAGGGGAUAGAGAGAGACUGAGGAUGUGAAAUCCACACUUUGCUCUAACACCAGCAUAACAGAAUAACGAUAGUUAGGUGUGUGUGUGUGUGUGUGUGUGUGUGUGUGUGUGUGUGUGUGUGUGUGUGUGCGCGCGCGUGUGUGUGUGUGUGUGCUUGCAUGUAUGUUGCCCACCUGGCCAGACUCUUGUCUUUGCAGUAAGCAAGCCUGUCAUCUCCACUGAGCCACUAUGACCCACACAGUCACCUGGAGCUCUCUACUGUCACCACCAUCACAGUAAGUUACAGCCAGAGACCUCAGCAGCUGCUCCAGCAUUGAGUCUGACCCAUACGCGCUCCCUCAGGUCACUCAGCAUUGAGUCUGACCCAUACGCGCUCCAACAGGUCACUCAGCAUUGAGUCUGACCCCCACAGGUCACUGUGUCACAUCCUCAGCAGUACUAGGCAGCAUUAGAGACUCACUGUCUUUAAAACAUCCACAACACUGUGUUGUGCUCGUAGAAGUCCAUGGGAAGACUUCUAGUAGAACAUCUUUUCUUGUCAUGUACUGUAAAUAUUAUUAAUUUUUUUAUAUGUAUAUCUUUCUGUGUCUUUUUGUACUGGAUUUGUGAAACAGAAGCUUCAGAGACUUGACUAAAUGGUCAAGUGUAUUUUUUUGUGAGUCUGUUCAAAUUGAUUUGAUUGUAGUGUCGACCUACAGCCACAGAGAGGCGCUGUAUCUCAUUUAAAAGUCCAGUCGUGAUUGGCGGAGAUUUCUCCCUCCAUGUCUCGUUUGUGAUGUAAUAAAGCUGGAUUUGUACGAAAUUGAA